AACUGUUUGGCUAAUGAUUACACCCCUGUUGUGCACACAGUCAUUGAAUGUGCAUGAGAUAGAAGAAUGCACAUAUAAAGUUUAUUGGCGGAGGAUGUUUAUUUUCUGCCCGAGUUAUUUAUUAUUACCAUUCGUUGUCUUGUUGGCUGGAAAUUUAGCUUUCUGGUUUAAUUACCCUGAAAAAGAUUAACUGAACGCAGGUUGUGAUCUCCAGUAUUGGUGCCCAUCAUGGCAGGAGGCAUCACAGAGACCGGGGAGCUCUACUCCCCGUAUGUGGGCUUGGUGUACAUGUUUAAUCUGAUCGUGGGCACGGGGGCACUGACGAUGCCCAAGGCCUUUGCCCAAGCAGGUUGGGCGGUCAGCCUGGCGCUCAUCUCCUUCCUGGCGUUUAUGAGUUACAUGACCACUACGUUUGUGAUCGAGGCCAUGGCAGCAGCCAACGCUCAGCUGCGUUGGAAGAGGAGGGAGCAGGAGGAGGUCCAAGACAAUGACUCCACUUCUGAUUAUUCGGAUGAUGAUGUCCGGGGACGAUCAGAGCCAGAGACGAGGCCCAUUUUGUCAGUCCAGCGAACAGGAGGAGGACACGUUGAUCACUUUGACAUUGUGGAGAGGGUAGAGAUGGGUCAAAUGGCCUCCAUGUUCUUCAACAAAGUUGGUGUCAACAUGUUCUACAUCUGCAUGGUAGUCUACCUGUACGGAGACCUGGCCAUCUAUGCUGCUGCUGUGCCCAUAUCACUAAUGGAAGUAGCCUGUGGUAACCACUCAUGCAGUGCUGGCAGUGUGAAAUACGACGACACCGACUUGUGCUGGGGGCCUGUCACCAGGAAAGAUGCCUACAAGGUGUUUCUGAGCAUCUUCACCUUGAUGUUGGGCCCUUUCGUCUUCUUCGAUGCUCAGAAGACUAAAUACCUCCAGAUCCUCACCUCACUCAUGCGCUGGAUCGCGUUCACCAUGAUGAUUAUCCUGGCUCUGAUCCGUAUUGGUAAAGGCCGGGGCGAAGGCCACCCCCGUAUGGCCCAGAUCUCUGGGGUGCCAAACCUGUUUGGAGUGUGUGUCUACUCCUUCAUGUGCCAGCACUCCCUGCCCUCCCUGGUGACGCCCAUCUCUGAUAAGAGCCGUGUGGGUACCCUGGUGGUGUGUGACUAUGUCCUCAUCCUUGGCUUCUACGGCCUGCUCUCCUUCACAGCCAUCUUCUGCUUCGACAGCUCGCUGCUACACGACAUGUACACCCUCAACUUCACUGACAACUGUGACGUGUUGGACAUCCCCGCUUUGCGCUACUUCCUGGGCCUCUUCCCCGUCUUCACCAUCAGUACCAACUUCCCCAUCAUCGCAGUCACGCUGCGCAACAACUGGAAGACCCUCUUCCACCGUGACGGGGGCACCUACCCCUGGGUGGUUGACCGCAUCGUCUUCCCUCUCAUCACCCUGGUGCCGCCCAUCAUCGUGGCCUUCUGUACCCACAACCUGGAGUCCCUGGUGGGCAUCACGGGCGCUUACGCUGGCACGGGCAUCCAGUACGUCAUCCCCGCCCUGCUGGUGUACUUUGGCCGGCGCCACCUGGUACCUUUGCUGGGCACGGACGAGGUCAACAAGCACCAGUCCCCAUUCCGCCACACCUUCUGGGUGUGGUUUGUAGUGGUGUGGGCUACCUUCUGCCUCAUGUUUGUCACAGCCAACAUCAUCCUGGAGGACACCAAGAAAUGAGGACACGGACUGGUUGUGAAAGACCGGUUUCUCUGUGUGGGUGUCUUGUAUUUCUACAUUCUCUCUACCUGAGGCCUUCCAGAACAUGGUACAGGUCGAACGGUGUGCCUUUUUAUGCUGCUCUUGUAGCAUGUGAACCCUUUUAAUUACAGCGGUAAUCAGCAGCUGAAACCAUUAUAAAGUGUCCUCCCCACCCUGGUUUCAGUACAAAGGAUGGGACUGGAGAAAUGUAACCAUUAUAAAGUGUCCUCCCCACCCUGGUUUCAGUACAAAGGAUGGGACUGGAGAAAUGUAACCAUUAUAAAGUGUCCUCCCCACCCCUGUGUCAGUACAAAGGAUGGGACUGGAGAAAUGUAACCAUUAUAAAGUGUCCUCCCCACCCCUGUGUCAGUAAAAAGGAUGGGACUGGAGAAAUGUAACCAUUAUAAAGUGUCCUCCCCACCCCUGUGUCAGUACAAAGGAUGGGACUGGAGAAAUGUAACCAUUAUAAAGUGUCCUCCCCACCCCUGUGUCAGUACAAAGGAUGGGACUGGAGAAAUGUAACCAUUAUAAAGUGUCCUCCCCACCCCUGUGUCAGUAAAAAGGAUGGGACUGGAGAAAUGUAACCAUUAUAAAGUGUCCUCCCCACCCCUGUGUCAGUAAAAAGGAUGGGACUGGAGAAAUGUAACCAUUAUAAAGUGUCCUCCCCACCCCUGUGUCAGUAAAAAGGAUGGGACUGGAGAAAUGUAACCAUUAUAAAGUGUCCUCCCCACCCCUGUGUCAGUACAAAGGAUGGGACUGGAGAAAUGUAACCAUUUAUCAAAUUCAUGGACUAGCCAUCCAUGAUAUCAAAAGGAUAGUUUUAACAAUGUUUUAAAGGGAUAUAGUGUUUAUUUACAUUUACUUUGUUUACAAACAGUCCCUGUUUCGGUAAAAAGCUUGAGGUUGGGGCUGGAGAUAUAAAUCAUUAUCAAAUUCAUAGAUCAAGCUAUGCAUGCAAGGACUAACCUUCCAUGAUAUCACAAUUAUCAUUUGAACCAUGUUUUGAGGCUAUAGAGUGUUUAUUUACAUUUACUUUGUUUACAACAUUGGAGUACAACAAGCUCAUAUUAUAGGUACUGAUCAGUUGUGAGAGUUGAACUAAGCGGAUUUACAAGUUAUAUUCUUCAAUAAUCAAUGGGCACAUACAUUUAUUAAUUAUAUCAACUGCAGAUCACCCCUUUUAAGAGUAAUCUAUACCAUUUGUGGAAAGGGACCAAAUAUCUCGUGAUUGUAUGAAAGCUGCUACCGUAUGUAGGAACACAAGGAAGAGGACCUUGUUCACUCUGUUCCAGUGUCCCUCUGUAGAAAAAUACAAGCUGAGCAAUCUGACUGUAUUAGCAAGGCAUUGCACUACACAACAGCACUGUUUUUAAGCAUAUACAAAGAGCUGGUCAACUUGUUUCCAAAUGCUUCAUUUUAAAUCCAAAAUAACUGAAGGAAGGAUAGAGCAGGGAGGUGUCAGUGUUCCUCUGGACCUUCAGAAACAGUGUUGCGGCUCAAGACAGAAUAUGCUGAAACUAUGGAUAGAGCUCAGUGGAGGAAAAAUAGAACCUGACAACUAACUCAACGCUCCUGUUCCUAAUGGCAAUGCAGAGAGACUUUAAUGUGGCUUUAAAAUGAACUUGGGAUGGUGAAGAAAGCAAGCUAAAUGAAUCUGUUAUAAUCAGUUUAUUAUGGCUGGCAUUUCUACAUUCCUCACUGAUGGCUCUGCCUUAGUUCUCCUCGUCUUCCCUGUGAACAAUGAACCUUUGUCCAUGACAGGUCUCUGACUGAUGGGCCUGAUGACAGAGCUCCGUCUCUGGUCAUCAGGAGACCGAUCUUGAGUUCAAACUCUGUACACAUACCACCCUCAUGUUUUACUGUUCACCACCAAAUCAUCAGCCCUUCAUCAAUUCCAUGUCAGCACCCGACUGCUCUUUGUUGAACUUUGACCCCAGAAAGUAAUCAAUGGACACAGGAAGGUUUAUGUUGGCUACAUCACCAGGAGCCAGCUGGUACAGUGCCUACUGUGCCACACAAAGAUGCCUCUACAGUAGUCCCAGUAUAUCUCUUUUUGCAAUCACUGGUUUUCUCAUACCAUGAACUGCACUGUUGGUUAAGGUCUUGUAAGUAAGCAUUUCAUGGUAAAGUCUUGUUGUAUUCGGCGCAUGUGGCAAAUAAAGUUUGGUUUGAUUUUAACCAUCUGUCUCGAAAUGUAACCAUUAUAAAGUGUCCUCCCCACCCCUGUGUCAGUAAAAAGGAUGGGACUGGAGAAAUGUAACCAUUAUAAAGUGUCCUCCCCACCCCUGUGUCAGUACAAAGGAUGGGACUGGAGAAAUGUAACCAUUAUAAAGUGUCCUCCCCACCCCUGUGUCAGUACAAAGGAUGGGACUGGAGAAAUGUAACCAUUAUAAAGUGUCCUCCCCACCCCUGUGUCAGUAAAAAGGAUGGGACUGGAGAAAUGUAACCAUUAUAAAGUGUCCUCCCCACCCCUGUGUCAGUAAAAAGGAUGGGACUGGAGAAAUGUAACCAUUAUAAAGUGUCCUCCCCACCCCUGUGUCAGUAAAAAGGAUGGGACUGGAGAAAUGUAACCAUUAUAAAGUGUCCUCCCCACCCCUGUGUCAGUACAAAGGAUGGGACUGGAGAAAUGUAACCAUUUAUCAAAUUCAUGGACUAGCCAUCCAUGAUAUCAAAAGGAUAGUUUUAACAAUGUUUUAAAGGGAUAUAGUGUUUAUUUACAUUUACUUUGUUUACAAACAGUCCCUGUUUCGGUAAAAAGCUUGAGGUUGGGGCUGGAGAUAUAAAUCAUUAUCAAAUUCAUAGAUCAAGCUAUGCAUGCAAGGACUAACCUUCCAUGAUAUCACAAUUAUCAUUUGAACCAUGUUUUGAGGCUAUAGAGUGUUUAUUUACAUUUACUUUGUUUACAACAUUGGAGUACAACAAGCUCAUAUUAUAGGUACUGAUCAGUUGUGAGAGUUGAACUAAGCGGAUUUACAAGUUAUAUUCUUCAAUAAUCAAUGGGCACAUACAUUUAUUAAUUAUAUCAACUGCAGAUCACCCCUUUUAAGAGUAAUCUAUACCAUUUGUGGAAAGGGACCAAAUAUCUCGUGAUUGUAUGAAAGCUGCUACCGUAUGUAGGAACACAAGGAAGAGGACCUUGUUCACUCUGUUCCAGUGUCCCUCUGUAGAAAAAUACAAGCUGAGCAAUCUGACUGUAUUAGCAAGGCAUUGCACUACACAACAGCACUGUUUUUAAGCAUAUACAAAGAGCUGGUCAACUUGUUUCCAAAUGCUUCAUUUUAAAUCCAAAAUAACUGAAGGAAGGAUAGAGCAGGGAGGUGUCAGUGUUCCUCUGGACCUUCAGAAACAGUGUUGCGGCUCAAGACAGAAUAUGCUGAAACUAUGGAUAGAGCUCAGUGGAGGAAAAAUAGAACCUGACAACUAACUCAACGCUCCUGUUCCUAAUGGCAAUGCAGAGAGACUUUAAUGUGGCUUUAAAAUGAACUUGGGAUGGUGAAGAAAGCAAGCUAAAUGAAUCUGUUAUAAUCAGUUUAUUAUGGCUGGCAUUUCUACAUUCCUCACUGAUGGCUCUGCCUUAGUUCUCCUCGUCUUCCCUGUGAACAAUGAACCUUUGUCCAUGACAGGUCUCUGACUGAUGGGCCUGAUGACAGAGCUCCGUCUCUGGUCAUCAGGAGACCGAUCUUGAGUUCAAACUCUGUACACAUACCACCCUCAUGUUUUACUGUUCACCACCAAAUCAUCAGCCCUUCAUCAAUUCCAUGUCAGCACCCGACUGCUCUUUGUUGAACUUUGACCCCAGAAAGUAAUCAAUGGACACAGGAAGGUUUAUGUUGGCUACAUCACCAGGAGCCAGCUGGUACAGUGCCUACUGUGCCACACAAAGAUGCCUCUACAGUAGUCCCAGUAUAUCUCUUUUUGCAAUCACUGGUUUUCUCAUACCAUGAACUGCACUGUUGGUUAAGGUCUUGUAAGUAAGCAUUUCAUGGUAAAGUCUUGUUGUAUUCGGCGCAUGUGGCAAAUAAAGUUUGGUUUGAUUUUAACCAUCUGUCUCGUGCUCGCUCGUAACAAGAAUUUCUCAGCUUUCUGAUUUGUUGACAGCUCUUUACUUGAGGUUUUAAUACAGUUUCCUGGUAGCUCAGUUUGAUCGACUAAUUCGAUUUUACUUCCAGACGUGGGAACAGCCUCUUCGCCCCGAGCUCUGCUCAUGCUAAUGUCCACGUUAUACGCUUUCUGUCUCCUCAUUGUCAUAUCCUCUGGUUCUAUAUAUCUAUUUAUAUCUCUGCUCUAUAGAAUAUAUAUUAUGUCCCAUUAUUGUCAUCAAGUUUGGAGCCCAACUACAGGAGUCAUAUCUUUGUGAAACAGUAUUGUUGUUGGGGAAUGUAAAUCAUGUUUUGUGGUGUAGGGUUCCAUAUUACAUGGUCACAUUUAGAAUAGUGGUUUUCUUUUACUAUGUAAGUGCUAAAGUAAUAGCUAAAGUGUAUCGUUAGCUGGCUGUCAUGAGCACUCACCUGGUCAAAAAGGGAAAUACUUAUUACCAUUCAUGGUUUGCACCUGCAACAUUGCACAAGUUUGCACAUAAUUGCCUUGGGUUUGACCUUUUGUGUGUUUUACGUAGACUUUUGCAAAUGGUUUAUCAUCAAGAUGUUUGUAAGGGUUGAUAACUAUGGUAUUUAUCUAACAGUCUUCAAUGGUGUUCUUAACCCAUCAAUAUAUACAGCUUGACACUAUUUAAAAUCAUUAGACUAAUAGUCAUGCAUUGUAACAUAUUGAUGGCAGUACAGUAUUGUUGAGGACUAUUGAAUGAGAGACCUCUGCAUGUUGUUGGUAUUGUGUGUGUUAGGACAGAAAAAGAGUGCUGACUUUCUGUAACACUGCUUCUCUCAAUCUUGGGUUCCUUCUCUUCAAUCUUGGGUUCCUUCUGGUAAUUAUUGUCAAAAUUACAUUUCUGCAUGCAGCUCCUUUCAAAAUUCAGUAGUCAGUUGUUCCUUUAAGCCUCCAGAUUGUGAUGGAUAGUUACUCCUCUUAUUAUUUUUCCUCAUCUUCUUUUCAAUACAAAUGUGCAAUAUGUUUUGAACUGGGUUGGGGAAGUAAGAUUUCAAGCAAAUUAUAACUGUUUCUGAGAGUGUUUGUCUGUGUGUGUAUUCUUCUGUGUCAGUGUAUGUGUCACUUUGAAAAGAUUUUAAAUGCGUAUGUCUGACUCUUAUUUGGAGUUGUGAAAUGUGCCUUUUUCCCGGGGUUAUUGUUUCCAAUCAUUUGUUGACUGUUGUUUUUCCUGGCACGUCUUUGUUUUAAACAGCCUGUCAGAUAAGAUCUGCAUGUAAGCCAGUUAAAUUAACUGACAACCAAUGUCUCCUCAAAAUAAACUGGGAAAACCUUGUCUUCUAAAGUGUGGGUUCGCCUCGUCUUUGUGACUUUGAGACAGUUUUGUGAUUAUUAAAGAGAUAUAUGUAAUAUUAACAUUGUAAUUUCGGAACCUGUCCUUAAUAUAUCAAUGUUUUAAUAGUGGAAUGAUAGUUUUUCACAAUAUUUUUUCCAAAAUGUUUUUAUUGGGCCCACACAAAAUGUGCAUUCUAAUGGUGCAACGUUAUUGGCCAACAAAAGAUGGGCUGGCUCUUGUCAAAUUAGUGUUUUUUUAUUUUAUUUUUGGGGUUGUUUUAGGUUUUACAAAUUUUUAAAACAAAUGCACUAUGCAUUAUGUGGGUUGAAUGCUGUAACACAGAAUAAACAAUGAAUUAAAGUCCCAUGAUGGUAGACUGCCCCUUACUACAUAUAAUCUUUUAACCAUCAUUUAUUCACAUGACUUUAAUAAAAUAUUUCCGUUGUGUAUAUUACAUUAGCUCUAUUUGAUGACUUUAUUUCAUUCCAAGUCAUCUCAUCUAUAUAGAGCUGCUGUCUGACAUAAUCACUUUUUUUGUGAUUCUUCAAAGUAAAUAAGGCACUUUUAAGGCUCCCGAGUGGCGCAGCGGUCUAAGGCACUGCAUCUCAGUGCUGGAGGGGUCAUUACAGACCCUGGUUCAAUUUCAGGCUGUAUCACAACCGGCCUUGAUUGGGAGUCCCAUAAGGCGGCGCACAAUUGGCACAGCGUUGUUAGGGUUUGGCCGGGGUAGGCUGUCAUUGUAAAUAAGAAUUUGUUCUUAACUGACUUGCCUAGUUAAAUACAUUUUAUGAUUGCUGAUACCAAUACAAAUUUUGUCAUGUGCCGAAUACAACCCGUGUAGACCUUACAGGGAAAUGCUUACUUACAAGGCCAUAACCAACCAGUUUUAAGAAAAAUACCACAAAAAAAAAGAAAUAAAAGUAACAAAUAAUUAAAGAGCAGCAGUAAAACAACAAUAGCGAGGCUAGUUACAGGGGAUGCCAUUUAGUCGAGGUAAUUGAGGUAAUAUAUUCAUGUGGGUAGAGUUAUUAAAGUGACAUGCAUAAUAAGAUAGAGUAGCAGCUUCACUUAAAUCAUGUAUUUUCAGGUAGAGAUACCUCACGCAACUGCUCUAUCACGCGUUUUUCUGUCUCUUCUCUUCUCUCCCUCUGUGUAUGCCCCACACAGACCAGAGAAGUAGGCAUGCAAUGGAUUAUGGUCAUUGUAGUUAAUUACCAUGUUUUCUGCACUAAACGAUGUAGAAUAUUGGCCUGUUGGAAACUACAACUUCCUACUGAGCUCACAGAAAAAACUAAAUGGAAUUCAAUUAAUUGAACCAAGGUCAGCCAAUAAGUUGUUUAAAAACUGAAAGAUAACUGAAAUGUUGGUUAAUUGACUGAGGCAAGCAAAUCUCUUGUCAAUUCAACCACAGACCUGUCUGCAGUCAAUUUGACAAUAAGAUUUGCUGGCUGCAGUCAAUUUGACAAUAAGAUUUGCUGUCUCCAGUCAAUUUGACAAUAAGAUUUGCUGGCUGCAGUCAAUUUGACAAUAAGAUUUGCUGUCUCCAGUCAAUUUGACAAUAAGAUUGGCUGUCUCCAGUCAAUUUGACAAUAAGAUUUGCUGUCUCCAGUCAAUUUGACAAUAAGAUUUGCUGUCUCCAGUCAAUUUGAGAAUAAGAUUUGCUGGCCCCAGUCAAUUUGACAAUAAGAUUUGCUGUCUCCAGUCAAUUUGACAAUAAGAUUUGCUGUCUCCAGUCAAUUUGACAAUAAGAUUUGCUGGCCCCAGUCAAUUUGACAAUAAGAUUUUCUGGCCCCAGUCAAUUUGACAAUAAGAUUUGCUGUCUCCAGUCAAUUUGACAACAAGAUUUGCUGUCUCCAGUCAAUUUGACAAUAAGAUUUGCUGGCCCCAGUCAAUUUGACAAUAAGAUUUGCUGUCUCCAGUCAAUUUGACAAUAAGAUUUGCUGUCUCCAGUCAAUUUGACAAUAAGAUUUGCUGGCCCCAGUCAAUUUGACAAUAAGAUUUGCUGGCCCCAGUCAAUUUGACAAUAAGAUUUGCUGUCUCCAGUCAAUUUGACAACAAGAUUUGCUGUCUCCAGUCAAUUUGACAAUAAGAUUUGCUGGCCCCAGUCAAUUUGACAAUAAGAUUAGCUGGCCCCAGUCAAUUUGACAACGAGAUUUGCUGUCUCCAGUCAAUUUGACAACGAGAUUUGCUGUCUCCAGUCAAUUUGACAAGAGACGGUUCGUUGUUGAGUUGUUACAUGUAGUACCUUUAAUUCACUGUGUUGCAUAAGUUCAACUGUUGUUCUUUUUACAAUGGUUUUCAAUGAUUUUGCCUGUAUGUGAAUUCAAUCAAUGCUCAUUCUAAAUGUUUCAAUUGUAUGAUUCAUAUGUUUCUGUUUCGAAAAGGAAAUAAAAGCAUUUUGUUUGGACCUUUUGAACCUUAAUUAAAGAACAGAUGUUUGAAAUUAA